GGCAUGUCAAGCAAAUGAAGACAGAAGAACACAUAAUGAAGAGUACACUGGGAGAGGGUAAAUGGAUUGUUUUUAAUGAUUCACAGCAACCACAUUAUCCCCUACUGUUACUAGAGAAAGAAAUGUCUUCAGAUAACCAGUGGUCAGCAGAUGAGGACGAAGGCCAAUUAUCCCGACUGAUGAGGAAAUCUAGAGACUCCCCCUUCGUUCCUGUAGGGAUGGCUGGCUUUAUGACUGUGGUGGCCUAUGGUCUUUACAAGUUAAAGUACAGAAGAGGCCAGAAAAUGUCCAUUCAUCUUAUUCACAUGAGAGUUGCUGCCCAAGGGUUUGUUGUGGGAGCUGUGACUCUAGGUGUUCUCUAUUCUAUGUAUAAGGAUUACAUUAGACCUCGAUUCUUCAAUGUGUCCAAAAAAUGAAGCUACUUACAAGAGACAAGAAGCCUUCUGAAAACUAUUAUGAAGAAUGAGUUUUCAAUAUAUAGCAAAUUAUACUGCAGAAGUCUUAGAAUUCUCAUAGCCUUAUAUAGUUAAGUCUUGAUUGUUUAAGAAGUUGCUUUCUAAAUCAACAGUCAACUCAAUAUUUUUGUUGAUGUCUUUUAGAAC